GCUAGCUAGCAACAUAUCCUACGAUUUUAUGUUGCUGCUUUUGAGCCGUCGAGUGUCUCUGUCAUUCGUUUCGCAAGUUAUUCCCCGAAAUCGGGUGUUAUUUUCAAAACCCAUAUCGCGGAAUUCACAAGCUGUUACAUUUAGACUGAGCUAUAUUACCGUUUCUGCAAACGCUAACAGCCAAAAUAUAGUCACCAUGCCUGAAAGGAGGCCAUUCGUACGGCUGCCCACUGACGUCUACCCCGUCAACUAUGGACUCUGUUUGAAGCCCGACCUAAUCGACUUUACUUUCGAGGGCAAAUUGGAGGCGGCGGUAGAGGUUACACAGGGAACAAACCAGAUAGUGAUGAAUUGUGCGGACAUUGAUAUUAUUACAGCAUCUUUUGCACCAGAAGGAGGAGAAGAAAUUAAUGCAACAGGAUUUAACUACCAAAACGAGGAUGAGAAGGUCACACUGUCAUUCCCCAGUGCUUUGCAGAAAGGGUCAGGUACGUUGAAGAUUGACUUUGUCGGAGAGCUGAAUGAUAAAAUGAAAGGUUUCUACAGAAGUAAAUAUGCAACUCCAACUGGAGAAAUACGCUACGCUGCAGUCACACAGUUUGAGGCCACGGACGCUCGACGAGCUUUUCCCUGCUGGGACGAGCCAGCUAUCAAAGCCACCUUUGACAUCACCUUAAUUGUCCCCAAGGACCGAGUAGCCUUGUCAAAUAUGAAUGUCAUUGAUAGAAAGCCAUAUCCAGAAGACGAAAGGCUGGUGGAAGUCAAGUUUGCCACCACGCCCAUCAUGUCCACGUAUCUGGUGGCAUUUGUCAUCGGCGAGUACGACUUUGUGGAGGGCCAGUCGUCAGAUGGAGUAACGGUGCGCGUCUACACGCCUAUCGGGAAAGCUGAGCAAGGGAAAUUUGCACUGGAGGUUGCUACUAAGACCUUACCUUUCUACAAAGACUACUUCAAUGUUCCUUAUCCGUUGCCUAAAAUUGAUCUUAUAGCUAUUGCUGAUUUUGCUGCUGGUGCCAUGGAAAACUGGGGCCUUGUUACUUACAGGGAGACAGCUCUGCUGAUUGACCCGAAGAAUUCCUGCUCAUCCUCACGACAGUGGGUGGCCCUAGUCGUGGGGCAUGAGCUGGCGCAUCAAUGGUUCGGGAACUUGGUCACUAUGGAGUGGUGGACACAUUUGUGGCUGAAUGAGGGCUUUGCAUCAUGGAUUGAAUACCUCUGUGUUGACCACUGUUUUCCUGAGUAUGACAUCUGGACACAGUUUGUGUCGGCUGACUACACUAGAGCGUUGGACCUGGAUGCACUAGAUAACAGUCAUCCCAUUGAGGUUAACGUGGGCCACCCCUCAGAGGUGGAUGAAAUCUUUGAUGCCAUAUCAUACAGUAAAGGAGCAUCCGUUAUACGCAUGUUGCACAACUACAUUGGUGACGAGGAUUUUAGAAAAGGAAUGAAUGCUUAUCUUUUGAAGUUUCAACACAAAAAUGCAUCUACAGAGGAUCUAUGGGACUGUCUGGAACAGGCUAGCGGGAAACCUAUUGCUGCGGUGAUGAAUUCUUGGACUAAACAGAUGGGUUUCCCAAUUAUAGUAGUAGACCAAGAGCAGCAAGGUGACGAUCGAGUACUGAAAAUAUCUCAGAGGAAGUUCUGUGCCAGUGGACCACAUAACGGUGAGGACUGUCCCAGUUGGAUGGUGCCCAUCAGCAUCUGUACCAGCGAGGACCCCAGCUGCACCAAGAUGAAAGUUCUGAUGGACCAACCUGAAAUAACAGUCACCAUCCCCAACAUUUCCCCAGAUCAAUGGAUCAAGAUAAACCCAGGCACAGUGGGUUUCUACAGAAUCCAGUACAGCUCUGCAAUGCUGGACAGCCUUCUCCCAGGCAUCCGUGACCUCACCCUGCCCCCUGUUGACCGUCUGGGCCUUCAAAAUGACCUCUUCUCCCUGUCUCGUGCGGGCAUGAUUAGCACCGUAGAGGUGCUGAAAGUGAUGGAGGCUUUUGUUAACGAACCCAACUACACAGUUUGGAGCGACCUUAGCUGCAACCUGGGCGUGCUCUCCUCACUGCUCUCUCACACUGACUUCCAUGAGGAAAUCCAGGAGUUCAUCCGAGACCUUUUCACUCCUAUCGGCCUCAAGCUGGGCUGGGACAGCAAGCCGGGAGAGGGACACCUGGAUGCAUUGCUGAGAGGUUUGGUGUUGGGCAAGCUGGGAAAGGCGGGACAUAAGCCCACGCUGGAGGAGGCCAGGCGGAGGUUUAAAGAACAUGUGGAAGGCAGGCAGAUCCUCCCCGCAGACCUCAGGAGCCCAGUUUACCUAACAGUACUAAAGCAUGGGGACAGUACAACGCUGGACACAAUGCUGAAGCUCCAUAAGCAGGCAGACAUGCAGGAGGAGAAGAAUCGUAUUGAGAGAGUUUUGGGAGCAAUUUCCGCCCCUGACCUAAUUCAGAGAGUUCUCACCUUUGCCCUAUCAGAGGAAGUACGUCCUCAAGACACUGUGUCCGUGAUUGGGGGCGUGGCAGGUAGUAGCAAACAUGGACGAAAAGCCGCAUGGAAAUUUGUGAAAGACAACUGGGAAGAGCUUCAUAACCGCUAUCAGGGUGGUUUCCUUAUAUCACGACUAAUCAAGCUCACUGUGGAUGGAUUUGCGGUGGACAAAAUGGCUGCUGAGGUGAAGAGCUUCUUUGAAAGUCACCACGCGCCAGCGGCUGAACGCACAGUGCAGCAGUGCUGUGAGAACAUUCUCCUGAACGCAGCCUGGCUCAAACGGGACGCAGACGACAUCCACCAGUACCUGCUGCAGCGCAAGGCCCCCCCAGUCUGACCCCCCCCCGAACUUUUGUUAAGCACCCUCUACAUGCUCACUCAUUCACUUCCGAUCUCCCAGCAAUCAUCGCUGCCUCUGGCCUGCAGACCACAGACGCGGGAGCUCGGGCUUCAUUUUUCUAGAACAAGCAAAAAAAAAAAAAAAAAAAGGCAAGAAAACAUGAAAAGAAAAAAAAGAAAUGGGGAAAAAAAUAGUACUGCGCCAUCUUCUAAAAAUUUAUCCAAGUGUCAGUAAAGUUAAAAAAAGAGACUUCAGUGAAACGGGAAGUUGGAAGAGGAAUGUAGAUGUUCCCACUCUGUCCUGCAGAGAUUUGUAUGAUGUGAAAUAUCAGAUAUUUGAAUCCCAGCUGUGGUAGAUGGUUAUGCAUGCACAGACACACAAAACACAUAACGUACACACAAAACGUACACAGUCCUGUGGUAACUGUGAAUUGCUUUACUUUUUUUCUCUCUCCUCUCUUUGUUCUUCCACCUGUUGCUUAAAAAAAGGCAUGAAAUUUGAUACCUUCAAUUUCAAGUUUCGGUUGUGUUGCUUUUUUUUUUUUUGUUUCGUUUGUUUUGUUUUGUUUUUUCUGCACAAUGAUCUACUACCUUUUGCGUUUUGUCAGUGAUGGCUGUAGCCAGAUAUUUCCCAGAUUUCCCUUCCAGACGCAGGGCAGAGUGGGUGUAAAUGGCUUGGUGCACGCUGAUAGGAUGGACUUAAGUCAGCUGCACUGAAAUCCAUCGCUAUAAAACGGUUAGAACGAGCAGAGCAGAGUUAGCAUGGUACUGUAUGUAUAUUGUAUAAUGUAAAACAUUAUUGCUGAGACCCUCUACAAAUCUGAACUGCAAUGUACAUGAUUUCCCUAAACCCUCUCGUAGCCUCGCUCUGAUGGACAAUACCACCCAUACCAUUUCACACUCCCAAAAAGUUUCUCUCUCUCUCUCUCUCUCUCUCUCUCUCUCUCUUUAGAACUAUGGAAUGGAUGUCUGGAACGGAAUACGACAGAAAAGUCAUAUUUAAAUGUCAUGGUAUCUGACACAUUAAAACAAGCUGUUUCAAACUUUUUUUUUAUUUUAUUUUUUUUU